ACAGCAAACAUCGAUAGUUCAAGCUUUUCCGUCGUGUCUACAAACCAAAAUAGUUAAUGAUAACACGAGUGCCUACAAUGGUGGCGAUAAGGAAUGAACAGCAGAUUUCAGUGCCCGAGUAUAUGAACGAGCAGUUCUUUGUGGAUACAUUGGAGGAGGGUCUGCGGGAAACCAAAGUGAAGCUCUAUGAAAUUAACUACGAAUGGGGCAGCAAUCCGGGAGAUAACUACUGUUCCGCCAUAUAUCGCGUGCAGCUGAGCUUUGCGCGUUGGAUAAAUGGCAAGGAGAGCAGCCAGAAAGAGCAAACAUCGAUUAUAGUCAAGACCAUACCGAUAGCAAAGGAAACACAGUUCUUGGAGGAUGUGAGCGUGUUCAUCAAGGAGAAGCAAACGUACACAGAUGUGCUGCCGCGCCUGGAGAUACUGACCGAGGGCGAUAAGUUUGGUGCCAAAUACUUUCACGCUAUAAAGACGCCCGUGCAGACAAUAGUCUUUGGAGAUUUGAAGCUGCAAGGCUUUCGCACAGCUUCACGCGAGGCAGGACUGGACUGGGAGCAUGCCUCAAUGAUAUUGCAGCAGCUGGGCAAGUUUCAUGCCACUUCCAUGGUGCUGGCUAAGAAGGAGCCCAGCAUUGUGCAACAAUAUCACAGCGGCAUGCUGAGCGAGGCGACUUUGCUGCAGAGCGAUGGCUUCAGCAACAUGUUCAAAGGCUUUCUCAAGGGUCUCAUCCAGGCUACAGCCAGAUGGCCUGGCUAUGCGCACAUCUCGCAGCACUUGCAGCGCUACAUGGACAACUUUCAGUCCGUUUGCAUGGCUGCAGCUCAGCGCAAGUCCAAUGAUCGCUAUAUUGUGUUGAAUCACGGCGACAUGUGGACCAACAACUUUAUGUAUGCCUAUGAAAAUAAAGCGCAGCCUGAGACGCCCACACGCGCCAUCUUUGUGGACUUUCAGCUUUGCUUCUACGGCAGUCCAGGCUGUGAUCUGAACUUCUUUCUGAACACCAGCGUUAAGCUGGAAUUGCUGCAAACGCGUCGUGCUGAGCUCAUCAAGGUUUACUACAAAGCCUUUAGUGAAGCGCUGGCGUAUGCGCGAUAUGAAUCGAUACCCAGCUAUGAGGAUUUGCUUUGGGAGCUGCGCAGUCGUGAGAUCUAUGGACUGUUCGCUCUGUUUGGCUUUCUGCCCGUGGUGACCAUGCCCAAGGAGCUCUCGGACGACAGCAGCAUCGAGUCGCUCAACGAUGAAGCGUUUAUGCAAAAGAAACUCGAUGCCGUCUAUUCACAAAAGUUUCUCAACGAUUAUCACAAAUGGGCGCUUAAACGCGCCGAUGAAUUGGGCGUAUUCAGUGAUUACUAACUGAACUUGACGACAGCAAUUUCAAUGUUACUAGUGCGCUGAUAAGCCUCAAACUUGUAGAUAAAUAUUAAUUAAUUUUAUUGUUAAAGAUUUAUAGAUACAAAGAUUUGCAAGCAUAACUGAGACACUUUAUGGU